AUGCAGGGAAACUCUACAGUUCUUUACCCAGUGGAUCCAGAGAGACAGACUAGUGGGUCCUACCUGAGCACUCUCCUUCCGCGGCAGUGGAAGUCGGAAUUCCGUGUAAGGCCAUGGCCUCCGAGCAAUCACCACUCGCCGCCGCCGCCGCCGCCUGCUCCCACCACCGUAAUCGAUCUCGGCGACGAUCUCCUCCGCGAAAUCUUCCUCCGCCUCCCCUCCCUCCCGAGCCUCGUCCGUGCCGCCCUCAGCUGCCGCACCUUCCUCAACGCCGUCCGCUCGUCCCCCGUCUUCCGCCGCAGCUUCCGCGCGGCCCACCCACCCCCUCUCCUCGGCUUCUUCUUCGACCCCGACGGCCCCGCCAUCCCUGCCUUCGCCCCCGUCCGCCGCCGCUCCGACCCUGACAGCGCAGCCGCCGUCCGCGGCGCCGAUUUCUUCUUCACCCGCCUCCCCGACGACGACAACGCCUCCCCUGGGUGGCUCGUAUGCGACUGCCAGGGAGGCCACGUGCUCCUCUGCAACAGAAGGACGGGACAGUUCGCCGCCUACAACCCCCUCACAGGGGCCCUGGAUCUCAUCCCUCCGACGCCCAACGAGUUCUUCGACGACGGCCACGGCCUUACCUCGCACCUCGAUUGCUUCAUCCUCGCCUCCGAAGAGGGCGACGGGCCGUUCCGCCUUGUCACUAUCUGUCACGACGAGUCGCGGGUGCGCGCCUCCGUCUUCUCGUCAGAUAGCAGGGAGUGGCGGAUCCUCCCGUGGUCUGAGGCUGUGGAGCCACUGCCUGAAGACGAACACUGGCUUAAAGUUGGCACGAUGGUGAAUGGGUCCAUCUAUUGGAUACAAGCAAAUGAAGCCGGCUUGCUCGUGCUGAACACCGCAACGCUACAAUUCUCUCAGAUGGAUCUGCCACCCUUCUUGGAAGGAAAAACUCACCUUGUGUGGCCUGGCAUGGCCAAGGACGGGAGGCUUUGUAUCGUUUGCCCAGUUGAUUUUGGUAUCCAUGUUUGGUUCUGGCGAGCCGAUGAGAAAGGCUUCGAGAGAUGGAUGCUAGACAAGAAGUUUCAGUUAGAGUUAAAGUCGAUUGUUGAGGCCACUGGGCGUUCACUAGAAGAUGUUGAGCUGCAUAUUGUGGAUACUGUCGAUGGGUUUGUGUACUUCUCUACCGGUGAAACGUUCCAUAAUGUUCACGCUCCUUCGUGGUUCCUGUCUUUGUGCAUGGAGACGGCGAAGCUGGACAAGCUCUUUGAGAAGAGAUGUGACAGCCAUGUCCGGCCCUACAUCAUGGCAUGGCCUCCCUCUUUGGUAAAUAACAAGUUGUGCCCUCUACUUGAAGGAGAAGGUGCUUGAUGGAAUUCUGGCAAGGUCUUUGUUUUAUAAAACUGGGAUCAGUAUACUGCAUCUUUUGGAAGAUUGUUGCAACUACAACAGCAUGGAUUAAAAGGGAAGGUCAGACUGUAGUUUAAGUGUAGUUUAUUGUUUAUAUGUGAUAUACCUCCGCGGCGCUUUUAUUUAACAGGAUUAAAAUCUCUUUGAAACUGGUGAAUAAACUAUUGCUCCUUGGGCACCCUGGCCCUGUUUUGUGCCCUCCAAUUCCUGUUUUACACUUUUAGGCUAGGAGGAGGAAGAUGCAAGUAGAUGGGCACUGAACAAAACUGGUGUUCUUCCAGCUCAGUCAAUGUUUGUGCCUCUGGAAAGUAGUUAGGUUUAAUUGGCCACAUAAGAAGAACCUUUGGUUUGUUAGAGCACCACUAAAAGUAGAACCUGUUUCUGGCUUGCUGUUAGGAAAAUAAUCCUAACUAAAAACAAUUUGGUUAAAAGGGUUGUGUUGGUGGUACUAAAUGAAUGUUUUGUAGCAAUGCAGAGACUGUGGAUCGUCUCUUCUUGGCCUGUGCCGUGUCUCUAAAGACAAUUUGGUUAAAAGGGUUGUGUUGGUGGUACUAAAUGAAUGUUUUGUAGCAAUGCAGAAACUGUGGAUAAUCUUUUCUUGGCCUGUGCCGUGUCUCUCUUUUGUUUGGGGGCGGGGACUUAGAGAAAUGUGUUGCUGGUUUGGCUAUGUCCCCAUGAGGCUUCUCUGAUAUUAGUGGCUGGAUCCUUCGUUUUCAUGGUAAAGAUAGACAUUUGGUAGU